AUGGGUGACGGUGGCAUCCUGAUGGCUGCACUUGUCCUGCUGCUGGCCGUUGUGGCUGUCUGGUGGGCCGUUGGCCUCUGGCAGCCAUGGAGGCAGCAGGCAAAGAAGCGACGCAGGUUUAGGCCCAGAGGCCCAUGGAGGAACCGGGCAGCCCCUGCGGCUCCCAGGUUCGCCAGGCCUCGGGCGACCUCUCGCCAGCGGCCAGGUGCUCCCGCAAGCCCUCUGGAGAGCUCCUGCAGCUGCGGUCCCUGCAUGGCAGUGGCCCUAGGGCUGCAGGAAGUUAUGAUCCAGAUCUGGGCACAGAAUGGGACAUCUGUGCCGCUCUACUUUGGGAUGUGGCAGGCACUGUGGACACAACUGGAGAAGUUGAUGAAGCGAAGCCACCUGCCCUGCUGUGGCUCGCCCAGCUUCUCCAGAAGCCGCCAUCCCAUCAAGAGGCUGCUCCCACCAAGAUUGGCCAUCGCUGCUCCUGUGACCCCCCUGUGUGAAGAAGCCUCGGGCUGUAGCCCCGGCCGUCCACACGGGCAGAGUCCAGCCCAGGACGCCGGGGACAGCGACGGUGCCGCCCUGCCCCGCUCCACUCGGGCUCCUGCAGCCGCCUGUGCGCCCUGUCCUGGCCCAGCUGUGCCGCUCGCCAGCCCGACGGCGGAAAGGCUGUGGCCGCUGCCCGGCGCGCAGGAGGAAGCAGGGCACAAGAAAGAGCUGUGGGAGCUGUACCAGCUGGGCCCGCAGCUACUGGGGAGCGGUGGCUUCGGCACCGUUUUCUCGGGAACACGACUCUCCGACGGGAGCCCGGUGGCCAUCAAGCGCAUGGCCCGGGACACGGUCCUGCAGUGGGACGAGCUGCCCGACGGCACCUGUGUUCCAACGGAGAUCGUGCUCAUGAAGAAGGUGGGCUUCGGCUGCCGCAGAAUCAUCCAGCUCCUGGACUGGUUCGAGCUGCCCGACAGCUUCGUCCUGGUGCUGGAGCGUCCGGAGCAAUCUCGGGAUCUCCUGCGCGUCCUGGUGGAGCAAGAGUUCCUGAGCGAGGAGGCGGCGCGCUGGCUUUUCUGGCAGGUGCUGGAGGCCGUAUGGCACUGCACCGCCUGCGGCGUCCUGCACCGGGACAUCAAGCCGGAGAACCUCCUCGUGAACCCGGAGACUGGCGAGCUGAUGCUCAUUGACUUCGGUUGCGGCACCUUCCUCCAGGAGCGGGCCUACACAGAGUUUGCCGGAACACGCUCGUACUGCCCGCCCGAGUGGAUCGGCCUGCGCUGCUACCACGGCGAUGGGGCGACCAUCUGGUCCCUGGGCGUGCUGCUGUUCGAAAUGAUGUGCGGGUUCCUGCCAUUCGAAAACGAGCGUGACAUCGUGUUGGGGCAGCCCAUCUUCCCGCAGGAGAUCUCUCCAGAGUGCCAACAUCUGAUCCGCUGGUGUUUGUCCAAGCACGCCAUUGAUCGGCCAGUGCUGGAGCAGAUCUUCUACCACCCUUGGGUGUUGGGUGGGCAUUCCUGA